GAGAGAGAGAGAGAGAGAGAGAGGGAGGCGGGCCACACCUGUCAUGGAGGUGGGCGGAGCUUGAGAGCCAGCCGGCAAAUCAGCGAGGAGUGCGGCGCGGGGCUAGAAAACAGUACCUACCUUCGUAAAUAUAUGAAGGAUGUAUAAAGGAAUUAUACUGUACUGUAGUCAUGCCCUGCCUGUGAUUCUCCCGUCUCUUCCCUGCUGCAGGAUAAUGUCUGAGGGCGGCAGUCGGGGCGACGUGGCAAUGAGGGCGAACGAGAACGUCCACAGGUCGGGGAUCACGCCGGAGGAGAUGGCGGCUGGGUACGACGAGUGGUCCGAGAACUACGAGAAGAUGAUGAUCUGGAAAGGCGGGUACCGUGGCCCCGCCAUCACGCUGGAGGAGGCGCUGCGUUGGGUACUACCGGAGCGGCGAGCCAAGGCCAGGGUGCUGGACGUGGCCGCCGGGACGGGCUGGGGUGCCGCAGGGCCGCAGACAGGGGGAUGUCCGGUGACCAUACUUAAAUAUCCUCCAGUCCACUGCCUCCUGCCUGCCAGUGCCUCAGCCUCAACACGAGUCCAACGCCAAAAGAUAAAGAUGAUGUGUUGGAAAUUACAGCAGUUUGUGUAGAGGCAGGGCCGCUGGGUUGGA